AACUGGAAAGCAUAAGUUAGGUAAUAGUUUAAUGACAUCAUAGUGACUAAAUCAGUCACUCAAAUGUAAAAAAGUGUAUGAGCAAUGAAAGGCUAUAAGAAGCUCUUAUUACAUCAUAUGCCAUUAUUUCUGUAUGACAGGAGUUGUUUACUACACAAUUGGAAAUAUUGAUCUUCGAUAUCGAUCCCAGGGUGAUAACAUUCACCUACUCCUUAUGGCAACAGCUCCAAUUAUUAAAAAAUGUGGCAUUGACAUUCUCUUGGAGCCUUUCAUGAAUGACCUUGAAUACCUUGAACAAGAUGGUGGUCACCAGUUCAUUGUUAAAGGUGAACCUAUGUCAUUUUCUGGGACUAUUGUGUUGGUUUCUGAAGACAAUCUUGGAUCAAAACUCAUGGGUGGCUUCAAAGAAGGUCCAGGUGCACAUUUAAAAUGCCAGCAAUGCAUGGGGACCACUGAACAAAUAAAGCAGAAGUUUUUAGAAAAACAUUUUACACUUCGAACUCGUGCUGGUCAUGACCGCCAAUGUGAACUGAUUGAAGAAAACCCAGAACUGAGUAAAGCAUAUGGGCUUUGCAGGAGAUCAUUUCUUCGCAACUCUAGGUAUUUUCAUGUAGCAGAUGGCAUGCCAGGUGAUGCAAUGCAUGAUAUACUAGAAGGAGUACUUCAGUAUGUAUGUAAAGAAUUGCUAAAGGACUUCAUAUUUAAAGAAAAAAUUUUAACAGUGGAGCAACUUAAUGAAAGAAUUAACUCUUUUGAUUAUGGAUAUUUUAAUGAUAAAAACAAGCCAUCACCAAUCACCCGGACAACUUUAAGGAAUGAAAACAAUAGUUUAAAGCAAAAAGCAAGACAAAUGUGAUGCCUUGGAAAAUUCCUUC